AUGAUGUGUGUUUCAUUAUCCAGAGAAUUUUGGCAGAAAAUAUUUAUUACAUUAAAUACUUUAUUUGUUAUAUAUAACAUGAUUCUACUUCUAUUAGGUAUAAUAACAUAUAAUACAUUAUCAAAAUAUACAACAAUUUUAUAUACACCAAUAUCAGUUAUCAUUUCAACGGUUCUAUUUACUGGAUGUUUUGGUAUUAUAGCUGCAUUUAUUGGAUAUAUUGGAUUAUGGAAACCAAUGAAUUUAAUUGCUUUAAUGCAUAUUAUUAGUUUGUGUAUUGUAACACUUAGUGAAAUUGGCAUAGCAACAACAUCAGCUGUGAUGUAUGAUCAAUUCUAUACAACGACUCAUAAUGCAUUAUUAGAUACUGUGAAAUUCUAUUAUGAAAAACCUCAAUAUGAAAUAGAAAUGGAUAAUUUACAAAGUGAAUUUCAAUGUUGUGGAGCUGAAUCAUAUAUGGAUUAUAGAAAACUGGGUGUUAAUAUACCGUUCUCUUGUACAAUUGGUUAUUUAGUUUAUGCAAGAGGUUGUGUUCAUGUAUUAACUAAUUAUAUACAACAAUAUACAAUUGUAUUCAUUUCAUUAUGUUUUAUAUUUUCUAUUAUACAAGGAAUUUAUUUAAUUAUAUCAAUUUUAAUGUUGAAUAGAUCUAUAGAUAGAAAAAAUUUAUGUACAUAA